AUGUCGGGGAUGGACUUUCGGACACUGCUUGGUUCCCGUUACCCGACUCAGCUGGUGAUGCUCGGUUCAACACUUGAGCUGUUGGUUCACUUGCCGGUGCCUGUUACAGCGGCACUGCCAGGGACCGCCGCGUUCCUUGCCAAGGCCUCUUACCCAAAAGUUGGGAGGAAAACUGGAAAACCACAAGAAGAAAAGCGAAUUGGCGUGGUUUUCUUUCUAUUACUUUUCUGGAAAGGGACGAAUUACGCAGAAAUUUGCAAUUGCUCUACCACACCUCCUUUUUCCGACGCCCUCUCUGCACUCUCCACAACCGCACAUGCCAACGCUCCUGAUCGCACAUGCUUCCUCCGCAAUGCCGGACCGUAUUUGGAACUGACACGACCGCCAAGAUUCGCCAAAGAGCUUGAUCAAGACGCCGUCCCAGAAUGGCGCGUCAAGUACCUCGACUACAAGGCCGGUAAAAAACAUGUCAAAGCCGUCACGCGAGCUAUCCACCGCGCCAAUGCUACGCCGAUAUUGACGAGGAGGGGGACCGAGGCACCUCAGGCCAAUACUCCGGCCACCUUUUUCGGGAUAAACCAUAGUUUCACACCGCCCCGGCGGAAAACAGAUGCGCCAAACGGUGGUCUUGUUAGCGAACCACCUUCAAUCCGACCCGGGUCUACGGCUGCCCAGCAGGGGAGGAGCACCAGUCAUGGAGGAGAUGAGCGGUCGGGGCUCGCUAGGACACCGGGAAGCGGCAUACAAUAUGGCAGCAUCGGGCCAACGCCGUCGCGGGCGAGCGACAGGCACGAUUUCGAACUCCCCGCCCCCGCGAUUAGGGACCCAUCGAACACGGGCGACCGCAGCCCCUUUCCGCGUAGCGCUACGAUGACAACCCCACGGCUGGACCACCGCUCCCCAUCGUUGUUCACCCUUCCAUCCGGCGGCGGAACAGCUACGACACCCCGCAUGCGCGUCGCUCGACUCUUCUCCGCGAGCUCCACGGCCCCCCGGCAAACGCCCAACAAACUUGAGAUUGGGAUGCAGAAUUUGGAUUACGUUCGCUCGGCUGAACGCGACUUCUUCAGCUUUCUCGACAGCGAGUUGGACAAGAUUGAGACCUUCUACAAGGAGAAGGAGGACCAAGCAACCGAGCGUCUGGCUGCGCUUCGAGCACAGCUGCAUGAGAUGCGCAACAGGAGGACCGCUGAGAUCGCCGAGUCGAAAGCGAGAAAAAAGCAGGGCCAUAAUAUCGUUCGCAGCGAUGACGAUGACGCCGGAGGAGGGCGACCGAAAAAUGAUAAUCGUGAUUGGAUCAGUCCGAUCAAGGAUAGGUUCUCCAGGACCGGUCCUAAUUCGAAGGCCCUUCAGAGAAUGGCACGGACUCCCGUCAUGACCGGCCAGGCAAUGGACGAGGGCCGAGACUAUGUGCGGCAGCCCCAGGGCGACGAUGUUCCGUACCGGACGGCAAAGCGGAAGCUCAAGCUGGCCAUGCAGGAAUUCUAUCGCGGCCUUGAGUUGCUGAAAUCAUAUGCUCUACUGAACCGGACGGCAUUUCGCAAACUCAACAAGAAAUAUGACAAGGCGGUAAACGCCCGCCCGCCUUACCGCUACAUGAACGAAAAGGUAAGCAAGUCCUGGUUCGUCAAUAGCGACAUUCUAGACGGCCACAUAAGUACCGUGGAAGACUUGUAUGCCAGAUACUUCGAGAAGGGCAACCACAAAAUCGCUGCUGGAAAGCUCCGAGCCCUACAGAAGCGCCACGGGGAUUCGUCGGAUAGCGCAUUCCGGAGCGGCCUGAUGAUCGGCAUCGGCGCAGUUUUUACCGUCCAGGGACUCAUCUACGGCUCCGAAUUUCUGUUUAGCGAGGAGGACGAUAAGCUAGUCGAACAGACGAGCUACUUACUGCAGCUAUACGGCGGGUAUUUUCUCGCGCUCCUCCUCUUCACCUUGUUCACUCUGGAUUGCCGGAUGUGGGCGAAGAACAAGGUCAACUAUCCGUUCAUCUUCGAGUUUGAUGCGAGGAACUUCCUUGACUGGAAACAGGUGGCCGAGUUUCCCAGCUUCUUCUUUGCGCUGUUUGGCGUGUUCAUCUGGCUCAACUUCUCGAGGCUGGGGGAUUGGGAAGGGUUAUAUCUUUAUUACCCCGUUGUCUUGAUAGGCAUCUCGCUGGUCAUCAUCUUUUUUCCGGCGCCGAUCUUGCAUCACAAGGCCAGGAGGUGGUUUCUGUACUCUCAUUAUCGCUUGCUUUUGUCGGGAUUUACCACUAACAAGGCGUUAGCAAUCUGGGAUCUGUUCAUGGAUUUCUCUCUUCUGCAAGCCAACGCCCGGCGCAGGUAUCUCCGCGACAUCACGGCAAUCCGCCCCGUCUGGAUUUACUACGUCAUCAUGGUAAUCGACCCCAUCCUGCGCUUUUCCUGGAUCUUCUACGCCAUUUUCACCCACGACACCCAGCACAGCACCAUCGUCUCCUUCCUCGUCGCACUCGCCGAGGUCGUCCGCCGUGGCAUUACAAGGCCGCCCCGCGACACUCCACUCCCUUACCACCUCGAGCUAUUUGUCCAGCGCCCCAGCCUUGAAGCGGCAACCGCCGCCGCCGCGCCCGUGGCCACCCUCGACGGCACGCCCGUCACCACCACCACACCCAAACCGGCUGCACCGUCCACGCCCCACCCCAGCACCGCGGGACGCCCGGGCACCGCCGGCACGGCCGACACCCUGAUGCUACCCACGGCGGCCGCGCGCACCCCGCGCAGCGAUGGCGGCGCAGCAGCAGGAGGAGGAGGGAUGCCACCGUCCCCCUCACCCGGCAUGGCCACCGCGACGGCGACGGCGCUCGAAGAAGGCGGCGGCGCGAUCCGGCCGGGCGGCACGUUCCGCCGGCGGCGUGCCGACACGCUCGGCAAGAUGUCGAUUCGCCAGGCCAUGGCGGAGGCGCAUAAGCAGGACUUUGAGAAGAGGCGGCCGGCGUGUGGGUGGCGGGAAGGAUAA